GUUCUAGUCAACAUUUCCGCGGUCUUGUUUUGUUUCAGGGUGCAUAGUGCAUGGACCUCAUCUUGCUUGCGGUCGGACGACGGCGGACAGAUUCUGUUUGUUUAUCAACAAAUGUUUAUUUACUAUUCAAGACUGGCUCAAUUAUGCAAAGUAGGCGUGAAGUAGUCGGGAUGAUCCCUGGCGCUCGACCGUAGCCACCGAAGCGGUGCAAACCUUGUGUCAUCAUCCCACCACAGCCAAGACACCGACUUGAUGAUAUUUCGAGUGAAAUUGAUCAGAAUAAAAACACAAGCGGUGCAGAUUGACGCCUCCUAUUGGUCACAGCGGGCAUUCCAUGCAUACCAUCUUGCCAUAUUUGGAUAUGAGUAGGCGUGGCUUAGUACGCUGAUUCGCUGUCAUGGUUUCCACGCGGGAUCGGAGCUAGCGGCCUACGGGGAUUCAAGUCCGGGGGGAGGGCGGUGCGUACGUACGCUCAACAACCAGCACUCGAUGGGAACAAAAGGGAUCCUCAAGAGAAAACCCCAAACCCCCCACCAGAAGUCAGCUUGCCCGUCGCUGCUAACUGAAUCCAGGCCCUGUGACUUGAAGGUGUCCCUACGUGUAUACACACAGUGUGCAGUGUGUUGUAUGUAUACACACGUUGUGUGGGGUUACUCACGUGGCCAAACCAACGCAUAAUAGGCGCACAGUCGUGACACAUUGCACGGACGCUUGAAUUUUCUCCGAUGACUGUUAUCUGUUCCAUUCACAUUGGGUCGUGCACUAUCAAACCAUCAACAUUGUAUUAAUAUAAAUAUAUAUUUUCUCGGUCAGUGUACAUAUGCAGUCGGUGGUGGUAACAAGUUCAACAGUGCACACCCUUCCUCUCAGACCAAACCCACACCUUAGUACAUGACACCUGUGCGAUAGUUUGGAGCGAUCAGACACUACGACUAGGGGGAUGCUUGUAAGACGUGCCAGUUUCCAGUCACGAUCCUGUAAGAUUCUCACUUACCACAACCAUUCCCCACUUGCCGGACGAAUGAUGAUAAGCCUGGGUGUCCCACUCUGAUGCUGAUGUGAACUCUGGCGUGCACUGUCAAGUACUGAAGUCAUUCAACCCCUUUGGAGUGUUAGCUUGAAGCUUUGGUCUUUGAGUCUCUCGCACAGCGAGGCACGCGCCCUCACACCGUCCACUAUUGACCCGGUCUAUACGGGCUUAUUACUCCACAUCAUCCCUGGAUACUUUGCCCCUUUCUCCCCUCCGAAUUCCCCCUCGUACCUCCACCAGUAGGCCAAACAUCGUGUGUGUUACUCCUUAACACCAGCAUCUCGCCACCCAAGCGCCGGUCGAGACCACUGGGUCCUUCCCUGGCUGCGUUUCUGCCUGGCUACGGUACACCUCCAAGUGGUCGUUCAUGUUUGGAAUCCAAGACUCCCUCACAAGAGGCACAACAAACCUCAAGGAAGAACCCUCGGGGACGGCUCAAGUAGGAUCCAUACGAAGUUGGAUGCAGCCGAGCAUGGUGGAACAAGGGUCCAGCUCCUGUGGGCUGGCUCGGGCGCACUUCGAGAAACAACCGCCCAGUAAUCUCCGAAAGAGUAAUUUCUUUCAUUUCGUCAUCGCUCUGUACGAUCGGGCCGGACAACCGGUGGAGAUUGAGCGAACACAAUUCAUCGAUUUCAUCGAGAAAGAGCGGGAACCCGACAGUGCUAAAACCAACAAUGGAAUCCACUACAGGUUACAACUGCUCUACAACAACGGUGCCAGAACGGAGCAGGAUUUGUAUGUUCGACUUAUCGAUUCCAUGACAAAACAGGCUAUUACUUAUGAAGGACAGGACAAAAACCCGGAGAUGUGUAGGGUUCUUUUAACCCAUGAAAUCAUGUGCAGUCGUUGCUGUGACAAGAAGAGUUGUGGAAACCGAAACGAAACACCGUCGGAUCCUGUCAUCAUCGACAGGUAAGUCUAGACAUCUGAAAUAAUUUAUUCUCUUUUGUUGUGUAUGAUGUUUCUAGGUAUUUUUGUAGACUUUUGUGUGCCCACUUUAUUGCUCAACAUUGUAAGGGCAUAAUAAGUUGCAUUUCUGGAUUUGUACACAUUUAUCAAGAAUUAUGAAUUGGUAUUAUGGUGGCUAUAUAUCCUUGGGGUCCAGUAUUUAAAGCUGGAUUGGAAAUCGUAUUUACAUGUAAAGGAUUAGAAGGAAUCUUCAAGUAAGAUUGUACAAAUACUGACAUUUGAAUUGCAGCAAGAUAGACCCAUCAAUUCAAGAGUUUAUAUUCAUAAUUCUUCACAUUGCCUACUUAGGAAUGGUUGCAAUUUGAAAGUUAACUCCUGAAACCGUUCAUGUUAUAAGAUUUGAAGGUUCACUAACCUGAUCAAUCAUGUAAAUAGUAUAUUUUUCAUGCCAUCUUUACUAGUAACAUUUUGUGUAAGGAACAUUUGUGCAUUGGAAAAAAAAUUAUACUUCAGACUUCAGUAUGGUGAUUCAAUAUUUUUUGAAAAAGAUUGAG